UUGAUUUAUAAUUAUAGCUAGGCUCUGAAUAUAUGGCAACAAAAGAUAUUGGAGUGAUCACCGCUGUUUACAAAGCAAGCUUACAUUGCCCCCAGUGUGCUCUUGAUAUCAAGAGGCCUCUUUUAUGUGCUCAAGGUAUUCAAAAUGUUGAGAUCGAAAUGGAGAAAUGUGAAAUAAGGGUGAAAGGAUGCUUUGACCCCAUUAAAGUUCAGAAACGAAUUCAGAAAUUGAGCAAGAAGAAGAUUGAGUUGAUUUCGCCCAAAGUGCAGAUCAAAGAAACUACCAUAAUUGAGAAGAAAGUGACCAAGGAAAUCAAACAACCAGUUUUACGGACAACAUUAGUGAAGGUACACUUGCAUUGCCACCAAUGCGCGAGGGACCUGGAAGAGAAGUUAAUAAGGCGAAAAGGUAUUCACAGUGUUAAAGCAGAUAUGAAAACUCAAAUUUUGGUGGUGGAUGGGAGCAUUGAAGGUGAAAAACUCGUAUCGUUCUUAAGAAGAAAGGUGCAUAAACACGCAGAGAUUAUUAUAAGUGGAAAUAAAGAAGAAAAGAAAGUGGAAACUAUUAAGCAAGAAAAAGAAGAAAUUAUUACUUCUAUUGACUCUGGGAGCAAGGUUGAGAUUAAGGAACAAGUAAAGGUAGUGGAAGCAAAAUCUAAAGAAGGAAAUGCUCCUUAUUUUAUUCACUAUGUUUACGCUCCCCAACUUUUUAGUGAUGAAAAUCCAAAUGCUUGUACCAUAUCCUAAUUUAUUUAAUUAUAUAAAUUUUUAUAUAUGUAAAUUAUUAAGGCCUAUGCUAGUAUUAUACAUUAUUAUUAUUAUAUCUUGAUCGAUGUUUAAAAAUAAACUUAUUCCUCCAUCGAUCUAUGAUGUUAUAAUUAUAAUAAGUCAUUAUUUAUAUUGAUUUUCUAUUAUGUUUUGUUCAACCAUGCAUGUGAUGUGUGACAUCACGUUGUUGCUCUAUAUCUUAUUAUAUUUAUACUUAGAAAUUUGCUAUAUAUACAAUAUAAAUAAAAGAAUAAGCUUAAUACUUGGGAGAGGUUUUAAUAGUUACAAUUUUAUUGUAACCAUCAUGGUUACAUUUUUUAAGCCAUUGGAUUACUAUUAGAUGGUUGUGAUUAAUUUGAAAAUUAAAUAAAAAUAAAUAAUAAAUAACUUGUAACCUGAAAGUAACCUAAUAAUUUAUUUCCUUAUAAAACUUUAAUUAAGAUUAAUUAUAUUUUAAAAUUAAAUUAAUUAUAAUUAUUAAUUAUUUUUUUGCAAUCUAUUACUAUAUAAGGAUAUUUUAGCAAUUUAUUUUUUUACACUUAAAUUAUUUAAAAUUUUAUAGCAAAUUUUUUUAUAAUUUAAAAUUAUACACAUAAUUUCAUAAUUUAAAUUUUAUUAUACUUGUAAUCUUAAUUUUAAAUUAUUACACUUAAUUAUUUAAUUUUUUUAUUUAAAUAUUUAAAAAAUAAAAAGUGAAAUAAAUUGAAGAAUUUUUUAGAAAAAAAAUGGCUACACUUGUUAUCGAUUGACUAGCUUGAGGCUUCAUACUUAGUUCAUAUAAUUGUAACAAAAUAAUUAAAUAUCAUUUAAAAAUAAUUAAUUAUUUAAAAAUUUAUUAUAAGAAGAGAAUUUUAAUUUGUGUAAAAAGAAAUUUAA